AUGCCAUUUGAUAACAACGUCAAGUACAGAUUACAAAGAAUUCAAACCCUCAAUGGAGACCAAGAAAUCAUUCUUAAACAAGUAUGGGCUUAUAUGUUGAAAAACUUUGGUUAUCCAGUUGAUAUCAAUAGCCAAGAUUUACCAUAUAAGCAAUGUUAUGUUGCUUCUACUUCGACUGCCAAUUUUGAUGAAUCUCAAGCUAUAACCACUGCUGGGUUAGCUAAGACCAACACUAGAGGCUCAAUCAAUUCUAGUAAAUCGUCCGCUUCAAAAAAGAAAUUGGGAUUAUUUGGAUCGAAAAAAUCGUCGAAUGCUAGUGUUUCAAAUGCUGGUGGGGCCGGCGCUGCUAAGGAUUCUCCACCAGCUAAUUCCAAAAGAAUGCAUCAAAUUCAAACCCAAUCUUCUCAAGAAAGAUAUCAACCAGUUGACGUUCCUAGUGAAGUUUACUAUGCUAUCUAUGCUCAUCAUUUUAAAGCUGCUUAUGAGUAUGCUGAUGAUUUUGAUGGCAGUUCAGCUCAACCACAACAGCAACAACAAUUGAAUGGAUUUGCUGGUAACGGAAGUGCUGGUGGUUACAAUGAUGACUACGGUUAUGAUGACGAUGAUGUUGCCUCAGUCAAUUCCAUGGAAACCUUUGUUACUGCUGAAACCACCUUGACUGAUUAUGAUGAUUUGCCAGCCCAUAUUUUCAACAAUGGUAAACAAGCUAAUGGUGGAAACUAUGGCGGUAGAAUUGGACAUCCUAACCAACAUAAUAAACACCGUGGUCACCAUGGAGGACAUGGACACAGCAAGCACAACAAGCAUCGUAAUAGUUCCCAUGGACACAACCAGCACCAACAGCAACAACAAUUUGGUGGCGCUGCUGGAGGUAACCAAAUUGAUCUUUUCCAAGCCACAGUCAACAACCCAGUCAAUGUUCAUCCUGACAAUUCAUUCUGUGCAGCUUUGGCUCAAUACAAUCACAAAGAAAUACACCAAGCACUCACUAAACUUUUACGUAAUGAUUUAGUUGAUAAUUUGGUAUUGAAGUUUAUCAGGGCUAGGAAAUGGGAUACUGAUAAAGCUCUUGCUAUGAUGUUUAAAUCAUUGAAUUGGAGAUACCAUGAAUUCCCUACUGAUGAUUGGUUAAUGGAAGCUGAUGGUCCAUCAUAUUUGAAUGGAACCAACAAAGGGUUUAUCAAAAAUUUCACUACAGAAAAAUCCUGGAUCAAAGGAAGAGAUAAGAAUAAUAACCCAAUUUUCAUGUUUCAAGCCAAAAAACAUUUAACUUCCGAUUCCCCCUUGCCACAAAAUCAAAGAUACGCCGUUGUUACUAUUGAAUGGGUUAGAUUAUUCUUGAAAGAAGUUAGUGAGUCAGUUGAUACAUGUACUAUUAUAUUUGAUUUAACUGGAUUCUCAUUGAAAAAUGCUGAUUACGCCACCAUUAAAUUCCUUGCUGAUGUAUUUGAAGCUCAUUAUCCAGAAACUUUGGGAUUCAUUUUAAUUCAUAAUGCACCAUGGAUCUUCUCCACUGUAUGGAACAUUAUCAAGAACUGGUUAGACCCUGUUGUUGCAUCCAAGAUCCAUUUCACUAAAGAUGCCAAAGAAUUGAGUAAAUUCGUUGAUCCAGCUUUGAUCCCCGAUUAUUUAGGUGGUGAAGAUACAACUAGAGGUUAUUACCCAAUCCCUGAACCUAAAGAUGAAUUCCCACCAAAGAGGAAGGAUGCUGAAUAUGCCAGAUUAAAAAGGGAAAGAGAUUUGUUACUUGUUAGAUUUUUUGAAACGACAAAGAGAUGGAUUGAGUCGACCAAUCCUCAAGUUUCUGACAAGUAUUUGAAAGAUAAAUUGGAUUUGAAUAUUGCGUUGUCGAGCAAUUAUAUCCAGUUAGAUCCAUAUAUUAGAAACCCAGGUAUUUAUGAUAGGGAUCAUAGUUUACAAGUUGGUCAUUAG